AUGGGCAGUCUUGCUCUAGCCGAAGAUUUUGCUUCCUUCCGUUAUAUCGACCCAUCCUCUGAUGGCUUCAGAUGCAUCUACCCUCUGAUCAAGUACGGCCGUUGUUGUAAGAACAGGGUUGAUAAGGGCCUACGGAACGCUACGUUGAGCAUCAAGCGGAGGAUCCUGAGCGAAGCAUCCUCUGAGGACCGUUCUGCCUUGCUUCAGAAUUUUGUCGAAAAUUGCUGUUGCGAAGGGGUCCAUCGCAAACUGCUGACCGGCACUCCACUCGCAAGAGAACUCCGCCAAAAAUGGGAAAAAGAGCUAGGGUACCCUUUUUCGACGCCUGUCCGAGCGAGCGAGGACACACAGCAUGCUGCGCCAACCAUCACCCCGGCAUCAACACGUCAAUGCCAUGUGGGGUCUCCUGUCAUCCUCGCCGUUCCCUCAAGAGCUAAUACGAGAUACUCGUUAAGAACAAAUGUCUCAGUACCCGAGCCGACAGGAUCUUCGCUCGGGUCGGACGAGGGAGCAUCUACAGGGGAGUUCGAGCCUAUAAAGAAGACAACCCAGACGCUGGUUUCCGUCCUUUUCAAACCUCUCUCGGAAGUCAGAGAUCGGGAGAUCGGGGACAUCUAUGCAUUCUCGAGAGAAUCCAGUCCCGGGAUGGUCAAGAUUGGGUAUUCAAAAUCGACAGAGAGCCGCCUGAAAAGGUGGGGCAAUGCUUGCGGCUAUAAGCCGGUUCUGGAGCACUGCGUCAGAAACGUGCCAAACGUGCCGCGGGUCGAGACAUUAGUCCAUUACGAGCUUCUGUCGUAUUGGCGGAGAGAGCUGAAGUGCAAGCACAACUCGCUUUGCCACAAACGACACAAGGAAUGGUUCGAGUGCAGCGUCGAAACUGCGGCCCGGAGUAUGAAUAAUUUUUCGAAAUGGAUGAUUGUUGCUGACCCAUACGACGCCGGCGGCAUUCUCAAGCCACAAUGGAAGGACAUCAUUCGAAAGAUGGUGAGAUAUGGGCAAGAGGUCACAUCUCAGAGUCUGCUGGACAAUCUGGAAAGGCCCCGACACCAGAUUGAGGCGCCACUCUCGGCCCAGAUUGACGAGCCCAUCUCACCACCCACACCCACAGCUACACCCUGGGCACCACGGGAAUCUAUGACCACCGUGGCGCCACGGCCGGUGGCCUUGACACCGAGAGGCCUUGACAAGGCAGUGUUGAAAAUCGGCAGAGACCUUGUAUACCUCCAGGCUCACCGAAUUGCCGCACUUCAAAAGGGACUCGCUUCUCUGUACCAAACUCUUCUCGUGGACAAUUCUCGGACUUGGACUCCUCCCAACACACAAUUGCUUUUGGCCUCAUGA